AUCUCACAUUUAUUUAUUUUUUAAUCCCACCCCCUGCAUUGCUGAGCAUCAUUUUGCUCACAGUCAAUUUCGUCGGAUCCAAGAUAUCAUCUCAUCAUUAGCCGGGACUUUUUUCCGAUCAGGAGAGCUAGCAGAAAAAAGAGAAUAAAAGAAUUGCAGAAAGCAUAAGCGGAGAUAAGAGAGAGGUACGCCAAUGGAGGUCGACGGAGGAGUGCCGUUGGAUGACAAGGCAAAAAGAAUGAGGGAUCUGCUCUCCAGCUUCUAUUCUCCCGACCAAUCUUCUCCUUCUGCUAAUUCACCCCUCCGGCCUGCUACUCCGUCCAGAUUCGCCACGCUCGAUACCAUCAACACCACCUCCUUCGACGCCGAUCAGUACAUGAAUCUCCUCGUACAAAAAUCGAAUCUGGAGGGACUGCUUCAGAAGCAUGUUGAAAUGGCUGCUGAAAUAAAAAAUCUAGAUACUGACCUUCAGAUGUUGGUGUAUGAGAAUUACAACAAAUUCAUCAGUGCAACAGAUACAAUAAAGAAGAUGAAAAAUAAUAUUGUCGGCAUGGAAACGAAUAUGGAACAGCUUCUGGAAAAGAUUACAUCUGUGCAAUCUAGGAGUGAUGGCGUUAACACAUCUCUUUUUGAGAAGAGAGAGCAUAUAGAGAAGUUACACCGCACACGCAAUCUUCUGCGAAAAGUUCAGAUCCAGAUGGCAUUUGACCUGCUAUGUGAAGUCCCUGUUAUAGGUCCUGAUAGCAUAAAGACAAUAGUGAGCAUAUAUGACAAAUUUAUUUACGAUUUACCGACAAGACUUGAGAAGUGUAUCAAAUCAGAAGCCUAUGCUGAAGCAGUCAAAUUUUAUACUGGAGCCACACCUAUUUUCAAGGCAUAUGGUGAUUCUUCAUUUCAAGACUGUAAGCGGGCAUCAGAAGAAGCAGUGACCAUAAUUAUAAAAAACUUACAGGGGAAGGUUUUCUCUGAUUCUGAGUCAAUACAAGCGAGGGCUGAGGCUGUCAUGCUUCUUAAGCAGUUGGAUUUCCCGGUUGAAAAUCUGAAGGUUAAAUUGUUCGAAAAGUUGGAACAGUUCCUUGUGGACCUGCAUCUUGAAUCUAAGGAAGCAAAUGCAUCCCCCAACUUGGAGAGCGAUCAAGAUUUGGCUUCUGCUUCUGCACAUGAGGCUUCUAUUCGUGAAUUUGCUGAAGCUGUUCGAGCUUAUAAAGUUAUAUUCUUGCAUUCAGAACCAGAGCUAUCAAAACUCGCACAGGACCUCGUUAAGAAGCACUUCGAAGCCACACAUCAACAAAUUAUGAAGAAGAUUAGCUCUGCUGAUCUUUUGGCGAUGCUUCGAGUUAUUUGGAAUGAUGUGCUUCUCAUGGAUGAAGUGCUACCUGAAGCUUCCUUACCUGAUUUUGCUUUGCAGUACGCUAGUGUUGCUGCUAAAGAUUAUAUUUCCAAUGCAUUCAACAAUCUUUUCAGUUGCAUCUCAGAUUCCCUUACUAAAGUUCAAUUAACACCAAAAGAAGGGGUAGAGGAAGACUAUUCUUUGCAAAAAACAUUUGAAGCCAGCAAGAAGGCAAUGAUCCAAGGCACUACGGAUAUCUUAGUGGAUUUCCAAGGGCUACUUGAUGAAAACUCAGAAUUACUGCUGAAGUUGAGAGAUUUAACAAUUGACUGGGUCCUAGAAGGGUUCCAAGAUUUUUUCCAGAAGCUUCAUGGUUAUUUCAUGUUGCUCUCUGGAAAGAGUAAUACAGCAAGUCAAGAUGUGAAAUUGACGGAGGAGAUGACAGGGGACAAAAUUGCUGCCGGUCUUGUUCUUGUGCUGGCUGAGUUCUCUCUUUUUAUUGAACGAAGUGCCAUCCCUAAAAUUACAGAGGAGCUAGCCUCUUUUUCUGGUGGUGGUGUACAUGGCCUCGGGAAAGGUCGAGCAUUUGUUCCUGCUGAAAUUUGCCGCAUCCUUCAGUCGUCUAGUGAAACUUUCGUGCACCUUUACAUUAAGAUGAGAACUCAGAAAAUAUCGGUUCUCCUGAAGAAAAGGUUUACAGCCCCAAACUGGGUCAAGCACAAAGAACCCAGAGAAGUGCAUAUGUUUGUGGAUUUACUUCUUUUGGAGUUUGAAGAAAUCACGAGGGAAGUAAAGCAAAUUUUGCCACAAGGGCCAAACAAUAAACACCGUCGAACAAACAGCAACGGGAGCACUGCAUCCUCGCGCAGUAAUACUUUGCGGGAUGAUAAGUUGGGCAGGUCAACCACUCAGAAGGCCCGAAGCCAGCUUCUAGAAAGUCACCUUGCCAAGCUGUUUAAGCAGAAGAUGGAGAUAUUCACCAAAGUCGAGCACACACAGGAAUCAGUGGUGACAACUAUCGUGAAACUCUCACUGAAGAGUUUACAGGAGUUUGUGCGUCUCCAAACAUUUAACCGAAGUGGAUUCCAACAAAUCCAAUUGGAUAUCCACUUUUUGAAGACUACUCUCAAGGAUAUUGCGGAAGAUGAAGCUGCUGUUGAUUUCUUGCUCGACGAGGUUAUAGUGAGUAGCGCAGAGCGUUGUUUGGAUCCGAGUCCUCUGGAGCCUCCAGUUUUGGACAGACUCGUGCAAACAAAGUUGGCCAAGGCUUCUGAGCAAAGCCCCACUUCAUGAGAUGAAUGAAAGGUCAAACUAAGUUGAGCAUCCUUCUUNUGAUUAU